AUACUUUCCAGCUGAAGAUCUCAAGGGAGUAUCACAAUACCACGUCUGCAGAAGAGAGAGGGGAAGACGGCUGAAGGCCAGGGAAGACAGAGGACAGGGAGAGUUGAGACUGUUUCAUGAAAACAAAGUCGGCCGCAACAUCUGGAGCAAAGCGCAUGCUGAAUUUGGACACAGAAGAGUCGUAGUCCCCUCUCAGACUUCCUGCCUCCAGCACCGUCCGAUCCGUUGGUUAGCCCUCACCGAAACGCGAAAAGAAUGCACAGACUGGACACAUACCACUUCUGGUUUCAAUAACUCCAGUUUUAAGUUGCUGAUGCGCAUGCUGACCGUUUUGCCGACGGCAGCUUUGCCCAAAGUUCAUCUCAGAAGCGCCAGAAAAAAGUUAAUUGGAAUUCCUUUUCUUUUUUUCCUUUUUUUUUUUUUUAACAGAUAAUGUUUUGACAAAAAGCAAGGAUAGGAUUGUGCAAACUUUUUCAGCGACUUCUGACAGUAUCUUUUAGAUCUUUUGUUUUUUGAAAAGUGGAGUCAUGGCAGCAGAUCUUAAAUCGAUGGUCCGGCUGCUGCUGCUGGCCGCGCUGUGGGACCUGAGAGCGCAGGGAGCGACGGAGCGGCAAGUCAGCCCGGAGUCAUGGCUUCAACAGUAUGGUUACCUGCCCCCAGGGGACUUGAGGACCCACACCCUCCGCUCCCCUCAGUCCAUCUCUUCAGCCAUCUCUGCCAUGCAGAGAUUCUACGGCCUCACCAUCACUGGCACCUUCGAUGCUGACACUGUUGAGGCCAUGAAGCGACCACGCUGCGGCGUGCCGGAUAAGUUCGGAGCAGAGCUGAAAAGCAACCUGAGAAGGAAGCGGUUUGCCGUCCAGGGUCUGAAGUGGCACAAGAACGAUGUCACUUUCUCUAUACAGAACUACAGCCCCAAGGUGGGUGAGUAUGAGACCCAUGAGGCCAUCAGGAAGGCCUUCAAGGUGUGGGAGAGUGUCACCCCGCUUCGCUUCCAGGAAAUUCCUUACAGCUACAUCCGGGACAAGGUGGAGGAGUUUGCAGACAUCAUGAUUUUCUUUGCGGAGGGUUUCCAUGGUGAUAGCAGCCCUUUCGAUGGAGAAGGGGGAUUCCUGGCACAUGCCUAUUUUCCCGGUAAUGGCAUCGGCGGAGACACCCACUUCGAUGCGGCCGAGCCAUGGACUGUUGGAAACCGGGAUCUGUUAGGUAAUGAUAUUUUCCUGGUUGCGGUGCAUGAACUGGGUCAUGCUCUGGGUCUUGAACACUCCAAUGACCCCUCAGCCAUCAUGGCUCCCUUCUACCAGUGGAUGGACACAGAGGACUUCCAGCUUCCCGAUGACGACCGCCGAGGCAUUCAGACUCUCUACGGGUCUAGAUCUGGCCCUCCACCCCCUCCGGUAACACCCCGUACACCUGGCAGACACCCCGAGCCCACCUAUUCACCAGACAGGCCUCGCUUUGGCCCCGACAUCUGUGAUGGACACUUUGACACCAUCGCCAUCCUCAGAGGAGAAAUGUUCGUGUUCAAGGAUAAGUGGUUCUGGCGAGUACGUAACAGGCAUGUGUUGGAUGGAUACCCUAUGCCGAUUGGACACUUCUGGAGGGGGUUGCCCACUCAUAUAAAUGCUGCUUUUGAACGCGAAGAUGGGAAAUUUGCCUUUUUUAAAGGAGACAGAUAUUGGGUCUUCAGUGAAUCUAUUCUGGACUCUGGUUAUCCUAAAAAUCUAAAAGAAAUGGGCUCUGGGCUUCCUAAAGAUCGGAUAGACGCUGCUCUCUACUACACCUCCACUGGAAAGACGUUUUUCUUCCGAGCUAACAAGUAUUAUCAUUUCAAUGAGGAAUCCCGAACAGUUUAUCCUGACUAUCCAAAGCCUAUUAAUACGUGGCAGGGUGUUCCUGACAACAUAAAGGCAGCCUUCAUGAGCAAAGAUCAAAUGUAUACCUACUUCUACAAAGCCAAUAAGUACUGGAAGUUCAAUAACCAGGUGAUGCGAGUGGAGCCCGGAUACCCCAAAUCAGUCCUUCAUGACUGGAUGGGCUGCCCCAACGAAGACCCCAAGACGGACGGAGGAAGAGGUGGACACGACAAAGACAAGGAGAAGGAAAAGGAGAGGGAAAGGGAAAGGGAAAGGGAGAGAGAGAGGGAGAGGGAGGAUAAUGACAGAACUAGAGACAGAGAAAGAGAUAGAGAAAGGGAGACAGAGACAGAGACAGAUGAAGGGGUAGAUGUGACCAUUAUUGAGACAGAUCGUGGCAGUGGAGCGGCGGCUGUGGUCCUGCCGCUGUUCCUCUUAGUGUGUGUGAUCGCAGUGUUGGCGACCUUGCUGUUUUUCCGUCAAUACGGUACUCCACGCCGACUUCUGUACUGCAAAAGGUCCUUACUGGACAAGGUGUAGAUGGAGGAGGACAGAAGGGAAGGAGGGGAGAAACAAAUUUAAGAGAUGUUGAUCCCAGAUAGCAAAAGCAAAAGGGAGAGAGAGAUAAAAGGGAAGAUAGAGUAGAAGGAAAAGUGCAAGACUUGCAUUUUAAAGUACUCUUGCCACUGCCAGAUUUGUUUAAUUAUCUCAACCACUCAAUCCUUCCAUUUUUUUUCCUCUCCCUAUAUCUCUGCCUCUCCUUUUGUGUUAACUGACGCCAGCUCAUUGCUGUUUGUUUUAGCCUUUUUCAAUGUCUUAUGUUUAGUUUUUGUCAACGGUCAGUGGUUGUGUUCUUGUGAAUUUCCAAUUCAAAGCUGCAUCUCUGCAACGCAGCAGAAGGCAUGAAGCAGUGUGUUUCAUCAUCCAGCUCCCCAUCCCCAACCCCCCUCUUAACCCUUGUUAACUGGCACACACUCACGUCAACAUACACGCACACACUUGAAAACCACAGAACUAUGUCUCUGUGUUUCUUAAUCUUCCAGUAAAGCAACAGGUCAGAGCCAGUUUGGACCAUAAAAGGGAACGUAAGUCUUAGUCGACAUUCUUACAAAGCAUCAGAUAAACUCAAAUCAGAGUACAGCACUACAUACAGCCGUGUCUUCUCCUUUUUACACCUAUGUUUUUAAUGAUGAUGAUUAUUAUUAUAAAUGAUGUUGUCAUUAGUAUUAUGACUGUUACUAUUAUUGUUGUUGUGCUCCGUGUCAAGAAUGUUUCUUUUUUUGUACAUUGUCAUUAAAAAGUCCUGCUGGACAGAGACAUACACUUUUGAAAGUGGCCUUAAUUUUAUAUAUGUGGGGACAGUGAAUGGGGAAAAGGGGUUAUGUAUUCUUGAAACUUGAUUGUUUUAUUUUUUUUUCAUACCUUGAAUCCAUCUCAAUUGAAAAUAAAUUGAAAAUCUGAAAAUGA